AUGGUCAACCUCCGAUACGAUCAUUACUGCUGGAUUAUUCUCUCUUUGAUCCUCAGCCUACUUCUAGCUUCUGUUGAAGGAAACCAACAUCCUCAGACUGGGCACGCUGUCGUUGAAAGCAAAAAGAAGUGUGCCUCGUUGGCGGAAACGUUUAAAUUGCCAAACACGAAAAUCCUUUUGGCUGAAUAUGUUGAAAACGGAACGACGAUUAAUUUGCAAAAUUUAGAUCCAACUUGCGGCUCACCAAAUAUCACGGUAAAUUCAAACAUUUGUAGAGUUAGUUGGAAUACAACAACGGGUUACAAGUCCGGAUUCAGGUUUGAAGCUUUUUUGCCUAUCGAUUGGUCAGGUCGUUUUGUCACUUUGGGCAACGGUGGUACUGGCGGAUGCAUCUUAUACGGUGACUUGGAUUCUACAGCCAAACAAGGAUUUGCUGCCGUUGAUACCAAUAAUGGUCAUGAUGGCGAUCAUGCAUUACCUUUCUUCCAUAACAAAGGCGUACAACAAGAUUAUGCUUAUCGCGCCGUGAGAAUGAGCGCAAGACAGGGGAAGCAUCUAGUGAGGGCAUUUUAUGGCAAAAGUGCACGGAAGAGUUACUAUGUCGGUUGCUCAACCGGUGGCAGACAAGGCUUCAAAGAAGCACAAGACGCACAAAUCCAUUUCGAUGGAAUAUUGGCCGGUUCGCCUGCAAUUGAUUUUAACCAUCUGAAUUCUUGGGGUGCAAGCUUUCUUCCAAUUACGGGGAGCAAUACUUCUGCUGGCUUUAUCACAUUUGAUCAAUGGACGGGAAUAAUUCAUGAUGACGUUCUACGCAAAUGUGAUGGUUUGGAUGGCUACAAAGAUGGCAUAAUCGAAGAUACGCUCAAAUGCCAUUACACAGCAGAUGAUUUGUUAUGCCCUUCCGGUAGUGCAAAUCGGACUGACUGUUUAACCGAAGAUCAGGUAAAGAUUGUCAACCGAGUUUAUUCCCCGAUGAGAUCAAUAAAAGGCGAAUACCUUUACCCACGCAUUCAGCCUGGAGCAGAAGGCUUUGAAGCUGUGAUUGUUUAUUUGACCGGAACAAUAUUCGGUUAUUCGGAUUGGCAAAAGUACGUAGUCUUUAAAGAUCCAAACUGGAACGCAAGCGCAUUUGAUCCCGCAAACUAUACGAAAGCUCAAGAAUUGAACCCUUUUGGCAUACAAACAUUUAAUGGAGAUCUUUCCGCAUUUAGAAAAAAUGGUGGAAAAAUCUUACAUUACCAUGGAAACGAAGAUGGCAUUAUUUCAGCCGAAAUUUCUCCGCGGUAUUAUGAUCUAGUCAGCAAGACCAUGAAGCUUGCGCCGCACUCUAUCGAUCAAUUCUACAGAUUCUUCCGAGUGAGCGGAAUGGGACAUUGCGGUAACGGUCAAGGUGCCCAUUUUAUCGGCAAUUCACAGGCGAAUCUCGGACCGACCAAUGAACCAGAAGAUAGCGUUCUAUGGGCUUUAGUAAGAUGGGUCGAGAAGGGUAUCGCUCCUGAUUACAUCACCGGAACUGCAUAUGUCAACGGUUCACGGGAUACUGGAAUUGUGGACUAUCAACGUAAACAUUGUCGAUAUCCAUUCUCAAACGUAUAUCAAGGUAAGGGUGACCCUAAGGACCCUAAUUCGUGGAAGUGUAUUUAUCCCCAAGGCUACGGUUACGGUCAUGGUCAUCCGACAAAGAGCUUGUUGUCAUGA